GCUAGUGGAGUUCGAACCCGGAAGAAUUUGUAAACAGAGGGUUUUUUUCUGAAUAAAACAGAAAGUAUCGACCGCCAUGAGAUAAUUAACAGCGAAAUGACAAUAUUCAGGUGACGAAGACGAAGGAAGGAGAACACGAUGGAGGACGAAGAGUGGUCACAGCUCGAAAGGAACCCGGACUGGAUGUCCUCUCUGCCCGAGGAACUGCUGGAUGUCCCGCUGUGGAACUUGGCCAUACCCGGAAGCCAUGACAGCAUGUCUUUCUGUCUGGAUGAGUCCUCACCUGUGCUGAGAUCAGAGUCCUGCCUCCUCAGAGUACUGGACAGUCUGUUUCCCUGCUGGACUCGUCCCUGUGUUUACCGCUGGGCCACCACACAGCAAUCAGUCCUCAGUGAUCAGUGUGAUCUCGGGAUUCGAUUUUUAGACCUACGGAUCGCCAGGAAGCCAUCAGGAGGCAGCGAAUUAUACUUUGCCCAUGGCAUCUACACAUUAAUUUCCGUCAAGGAGGCUCUGUAUGAGCUCUCUGCCUGGCUGGAUGCUCAUCCUAAAGAGAUUGUGAUCAUUUCAUGCUCGCAUUUUGAUUCGCUGAGAGAUGAAGAUCAUGUCUGUCUUGUGGAGAGCAUCAUCACACUGUUUGGAGAAAAACUAUGCUUCUCACAGGACACACCUACUCUGCGCUCCUGCUGGUCCAGAUGUCAGCAGGUCAUCGUUUCCUAUGGAAACAAGCAGGUGGUGCUGCGGCAUCCUGAGCUGUGGACUGAAAUACCAUACUGGUAUGCUGACAGUCCAAACCCUAAGAAGGUGAUCACUUAUCUGGAGGACCAGAAGCACAGAAGAAGACCAGCUGGUUUUUACGUCAGCCGCCUAAACCUGACAGAAGAUGCACCUUACGUCGUCCUCCAUCCCCUUCAGAGCAUGAGGAAGAUGACGAAGAAGGCUCUUUGGAUGCUGCUGAGCUGGACGGGCGAGCAGCAGCCAGGGCCUGAAGACGGUGAAGUCAACAUCAUCUGCUGUGACUUUGUGGACAUCAGUCAGUUCUGCUCACUUGUAAUUGGCCUGAACUACAAACUAGUGGGCGGAGCCAGCACGCUCACCACUCAUUCAGGUUUUUAGAAAACCAGGACAUGCAACUGACUGUGUCUGAGAUAUAGCAUACAAAACACACCUUCACUCAAUGUCACACAAACAAAACAAUGUCAUCCUGUUCACACUGGAUGUAUAUUACUGGAUAUAUUAUCUGAUAGCAAUUUCACACUGCACAUCACCAAUACUAUCUCAUCAUGUAAAUACGUGAAGCCCAUGUUUUUACUCCUGUCUUUUGCACAUUACACACAAGAUUAUUACUGCUUUCUGUUUAAACUGCACAUCCAUUCACAUAUACUUUAUUUUCAGCAGUAUAUACAACUUUUUUUUAUUACACAAUAAAGUGUAGUUGUAAACUGUAAGCACAGUUUAACUGACGUGAAAAUAUAUUUUUAUUAUAA